AUCACUAAGAUUCUUCUAGGGUUUAAAUUUGAGCUGCUAUGGCGACUAGGAAUCGUACGCUGUUGUUUAGGAAGUACAGAAGCUCUCUCAGGAGCGUUCGUGCUCCAAUGGGGUCGUCGACAGUAACGGAGCACAAUUCGUUGACCGGAGCUAAAUCCGGCUUAGGCCCGGUGAUCGAGAUGGCGAGCACGUCUCUAUUGAAUCCGAAUCGGUCUUAUGCUCCAGUCAGUACCGAGGAUCCUGGGAAUUCGAGAGGUACAAUAACAGUGGGAUUACCACCAGACUGGGUUGAUGUAUCUGAGGAGAUUUCAGUUUACAUUCAACGUGCAAGAACCAAAAUGGCUGAACUGGGAAAGGCUCAUGCAAAAGCGUUGAUGCCUUCGUUUGGGGAUGGUAAAGAAGAUCAACAUCAAAUCGAGUCUUUGACACAAGAGAUUACCUUCCUAUUGAAGAAAUCUGAGAAGCAACUUCAGAGGCUUUCUGCAGCUGGGCCUUCUGAAGACUCAAAUGUCAGGAAAAAUGUCCAGCGAUCUCUUGCUACUGAUCUCCAAAACCUUUCUAUGGAGCUACGCAAGAAACAGUCUACAUAUUUGAAACGUUUGAGACUACAAAAAGAGGAUGGAUCGGAUAUAGAGAUGAAUCUGAACGGAAGCAGCUAUAAAGCAGAAGAUGAUGACUUUGAUGAUAUGGUAUUUAGUGAGCAUCAAAUAAGCAAGAUAAAAAAGAGUGAGGAAAUAUCAGUAGAGAGGGAGAAAGAGAUUCAACAGGUCGUCGAAUCCGUAAGCGAGCUUGCUCAGAUCAUGAAGGAUCUUUCCGCGCUUGUGAUAGACCAGGGUACGAUAGUUGAUCGGAUUGACUAUAAUAUCCAGAACGUUGCUAGUACCGUCGACGAUGGUCUCAAACAGCUGCAAAAGGCGGAACGUACACAGAGACAAGGAGGUAUGGUGAUGUGUGCAUCUGUUCUUGUCAUUCUCUGCUUCAUCAUGCUGGUACUCUUAAUCCUCAAGGAGAUUCUCUUGUGACACAAGGAGAUCCCUCAUUUUUUUAUUCUUUUGAAACAAGAACACCACAUUUUUGCGUUGCGGAGUGUUCUCUAUCCACAAAAUGGUCCGAAGAGAAAAAUGAACUGUGUUGUCUAUC